UGUACUUUGCACAUCUUAAAAACAGAAGUUAUUGGCUAAUACUUGCAAUACCGAUGUCCUUCUCUCUUUGAUACAUGACGUUUAAUAACAUUAAAAGCCAUGUUUGACCAUUCAUGAUAUUACCUUUGACCCUUACUCAUAAACCUGUCUGACUGUCCUCUUUAUACGUCAUCGGUGUUUUGUAUUUAUGAUAACAUAAAUUCAGUGUUGCCAUAAAUUCAAUGGCUGGCACACCCAAUAUUUACUAGGACAUCGACUAUCUUUUAAUGCAGUGAACACAUGUGUAACCCUCUCAGAAUACAUCAUUUUGGAUGAUGUGAUUUUCCUUUGUGCAAAAGGUUAAAUAUAAUGAAUAUUAAAAAUGUAUUCUAUUUCUCUGCCCCUCACUUGCGCGGAACGUCCCGCGAUCUCUGAUUGGUCACCUUCAAGUUGUCAAACUAAACUACAGAGCAGCGCGUCUUCUCAUUGGCCGAAAAGUGUUUAGGCAGGUAGCCGGGCGACCAAUCAAAACGCUGGUGUCAUGUUUUCCUCAAGACCGUGGUAUUUCACACAACGACUUCCUAGUACUGCCCAUUUUAUUACAUAGACUGUAAUAACUGUAAUACUGUAAAAACUGUAAUAACUUGGCCAGAGUUUCGCUCGUUUAAAAAUAGAAAAGCCUCUCUAGAUGCCAAAACCUUUGCUUCGAACGCGAAACUACAGCAACCGCCUGUCUUAAACAUUUGUAGUGUGUGUGUAGGAAAUAUUAGCCCAGCCCAGCAGCACUUCCUACUUCCCCUCCCUUUCCUCCAACUGUGUCAGUCGGUUCGCCCGCUGCACUUGCGUUCCUCUCUGCCGGGUUUCACUUCAGAGAUGGCUGCGAAAGUGUGUAGAUCGGUCCUUCUCCUGUACCGGAGCAGUGGAGCUGUAGCCUCUUCUGCCUUUCCCGCAUUCGGGCUCUCCUCACAGCGGCAUCAUCAGCGCACAAGAACGGAGGCACUAUCCAUUCCCCUCGGAAGUCACCAGACUCUCAGGAGAGCACAUGGCCUGAGAACAGGUGCCAGUUCUGCUCUCUUCAGCCACCUCAGUGCCACUUUGCCAGCCCAGGGCUGGAAGGGCUCCCCCUCAUGGCAGGGUCAAAGACUACUGUGUUCUCCUGCUGCUACAGAAGAUGUUACAGUGGUAUAUCAGAACGGCUUGCCGGUGAUCUCUGUACGUCUGCCGUCUCGACGAGAACGCUGCCAGUUCACCCUCAAACCACUGAGUGACAGGGUGGGUGUUUUCCUUCAACAGCUGCAGGCAGAAGACAGAGGUAUCGAUAGAGUCGCCAUCUACUCUACAGAUGGAGCAAGGAUAGCGUCCUCUACGGGGAUGGAUAUUUUACUUUUGGACAACUUUAAGCUAGUCAUUAACGAUACAACAUAUCUGGUGCAGCCGCCCAGGAGAGAUCUGCUGCCACCUGAGGAAGCAGAGCGACUGAAUGAUGUGAAGCUCUUAGUGCAGCAGCUCUACACCACACUGCGCAUAGAUGAGCAUCAGCUCAGCAAAGAGAGAGAGCUGAUUGGACAACUGGAGGACCUCAACUCUCAGCUCCGCCCACUGGAGAAGGUGAAAGAAGAGCUGAGUAAGAGAGCCGAACGCAGGACUACUUGGGUGCUGUGGGGUGGGAUGGCUUACAUGGCCACGCAGUUUGGCAUUCUGGCUCGGCUGACCUGGUGGGAGUACUCAUGGGAUAUUAUGGAGCCCGUCACAUAUUUCAUCACCUAUGGCACAGCCAUGGCCAUGUAUGCUUACUUUGUGCUGACACGUCAGGAAUAUAUUUACCCAGACGCCAGGGACAGACAGUACCUGCUCUUCUUUCAUAAGGGAGCAAAGAGAACACACUUUGACAUUGAGAAGUACAACAAACUGAAAGAUGCGAUUGCUGAGACGGAGGUGGAUCUAAAGCGUCUUCGAGACCCGCUGCAGUUGAACCUCCCCAUCCAGCAAAUCAAUGCCAGCAAGGACUGAUGACAACAUUAAGACCCUUCCUCCACGCGCCCUUAUUUCAUUCUUACUUUCAUGCCUCUCUUUCUUUUUAUCUUUACCGCCUCCUGAAAAACCAUAUCCACAGCAAGCUUCUGAGUUGUUGUUUUUUAGCAUUAUUUGUAUUGUUUACUUUGAUUUCCAGCAAAUUUGGCACAUCUAUGCAGGGGAGAAGGAAAUACAAUAUAACAAAAGGAAACAACUACACCCCUAAACGGAUGGUUACGAGUUGCUUGCCGAUCAAAGCGCUUUGAUAACUACUGGACCACAGAGGAAAAACGCAGCUAUUUACAGGAAGUCCCUGCUUUCAGACAGGAAGUUGGGACAUUGGGAUUCAAACAGUACAUUGCUACAAGACAAUGACCCUAUGUUUUGCAUGGAUCUGUGCAUAAACACAGAUUCUGAGGGCUAAAAACCAUCUGCCCUUGGGUUGACAGUUUUUCCACAUUGGAGUACUGCUCUUCCUAACUCUUACACAUUGCAGAAGAGAUGUUAGGGUAUUGCUCUUUUCCAUCUUGGAAAAGAUGUGUUUACCAUCGAACCAGUUCUCGUGUGGCUGCAACGCUGCAUCGACACCUGUACCUGUUCCUAACAGCCUAAGCUCAGCCCUCAAGAAUUCCUUUCUUGCUUCAUGUACGGACCUGUUGAAAGCUGAAGACAAAUCUAACAGCUAAAAUAUCACUGUGCGUUCUAUUAUUCCAAAAAGAAAAGGAAAUUUUGGCACUUUUUAUUUUAAAAGCCAUAUUAUGUUUAUUAUUAUGAUGGGAAAAAAGAAAGAAAAUAGAGUAGAAACUUUUCUUCUCAUUGUUAGAGGAUUUUUUUUAUUUAUACCAUGCCACCAGGCAUUACAUAUCUGCAAAUGUCCUGUUUUUUUGUUGUUUUUUUUAAUAGAGCUGUCAUGUUUGAAGUCCUACAAACCCAUAAGAGAAUUAAUGGUAACAUUUACUUAACAAUUAAUGUUAAGGGUUUAUAACGGGGUUAUUAAUGAUUAAUAAGUCAUUUAGAAAUGCAUUAUAAAUCAUUGAUAUGCAGUUAUAACAACAUGAAUAAAAAGGGGGACUUCCAACACUUGCCAAAUAGUGAGCAUUUUAAUUUGCUUGUUAUAAAUGCUUAAUAAAUGCACUUAUUCAUACUGAAAUUAAUCAAAAGCAUAAAAUGCCCUUAUUCAUGAUUUAUGAUGCAAUGCAGCAAAAAUUGACUAUUAUAGUGAGAUUUAAAGGAGGGAUUGUAAUUUUUCUUUGUGUUUAUAUUCAUUACUGUGAUGUCUUGACUCACUUGUGUUGUCACUUUCCUAGUCAUGUUGAUAUGUAAAGAAUGGUGCUAGUCCGAGUGCUGUCCCAACUCAACUAAAGUCCUCUGCAUACUUCAUAUAUGUCCACUUUAAGGUACAUUUUCAUUGGUUGUUGUUGAAUAAGUGUUAUUAAGCAUUUAUAACAGGUGCGAUAAAAUGUCUCACUAUUUGGCAGGUAUUAUAUGAAAAUCACCCUCUUUAAUCAUUUUGUUAUAACUGCAUAUCAAUGAUUUAUAAUGCAUUUGUAAAUGACUUAUUAAUUAUUAAUGAACCCCUUUAUAAAGCCUUAACAAAGGUAAAAUUAAUGUAAAUUCCAGAGGGAUUCCCGAGGCGAAUUACCUUUUCGGGAUGACUUUUAACAAAUUGACAUCUUGACUGAACAGCUCUAUUCCCAUUAAAAAAAACAAAACAAAACUCAGAUUGUCAAUCCCUAACGCUCUGUGCAUUUGGUAAUGAUUUUUAAUACACACAUUCCCUCCAUUUACAUUGUGAUGAGAAAUGCACAUGGAUUCUUUCAAAUGUGCAAAGAUUUGUUUUGAGUUAUUUUCAAAGGUUUCCUCUAUCUCUCAACUUAUACUUCUUUCAAACAACAUGAAAUGACAUUUUCACACAGUGCCUCACAGCAUCCGCUGCAGUGUGCUUGUCUGUGCUCUGAUUUUCUUCUGAACACACACAUUAAUCAAAUAAAAUCCAAGUAACUGACCCAUCGAACCAUCUAAAAGGGAUAGUUUACCCAAAAAUUUAAAUUCUUCAGCGUUUACUCACCGCCAUGUUGUUGCAAACCCUUAUGAUUUUAUCUCUUCUGUCAAACACAACAGAUGUGUUUUUGAAGAAUGUUCUGGUCUCUCUUUGUGGAGACUGGGGCUUCCAAGCUCCAAAAUGACAAAAAAGCUCCAUUAAAGUAUCAUAAAAGUGGUCCAUACUAGUCAUACUCUAUAUUCCAAGUCUUUUGAAGUCAUCCAGUAGCUGGCAAGGAGAAGAUUAUCAUUGAAAAAUGACAUGCAUUUUGGUCUGUUCCUCACAUAAGGGAUCAAAUGGCUUCAGAAUUUUGGAAAAUAGCACACAAGGCCUAUAGACUACUUUGACUGGUACGUUUUUUUUUUUGGUCAUUUUGGACCUUGACAGACCCAGUCUCCAGUUGCCUUUAUUAAAUGGAAAGGAGCGGCCAGGAUGUUCUUGAAAAGUUCUUCAGAAAAGAGAAAAUCAUACAGAUUUGGAAUGACGUGUGGAUGGAUGAGUAAACAAAGACAGAACUUUAGUUUUUGGGUAAACUAUUCCUUUCAGGCAGGUCACUGUGUAAAAUGCAAUCUAUUUUUCUUUGUAACAUUUUGGACAUAACCAAGUUCUCAUAACUCAUGUGGCGUUUUUAGCUACAUAUAUCUGCCUCGAUAUGCCAAGAGUCUUACCAUACAUGCAGAGAACAUGUAAUAUACUAGAUCCUAGAAUUAGUGUGUGUUUUGCACACUUUGUGGCAUGCUAUAGAGAGAGAUUGUUGCAUCCUUUGUCUAUAUGUGGUAUCUUUAGCAGACAGGGCUUAGCAAUGGUUUGGCUGAUCUUCAUCAUUUUUUUUCAUCAUUUUUGUCUCACAUCUUCAGUUGUAAAUAUUACAGGGUGAGACUCCAGCCUACAGCUCUGAAGGAAUAGAUAACCUUUUCAAACCUGUAUGCCAUUUUAACACAAAAAAAGUACAAAUUUCGAAGACUCUACAUGCUGCUCUUUCCCAUACAAUGACAGCUGUCAAGCUCCCAAACUGACAAAAACGCAUCAUAAAAAUGGUCCAGACUAGUCAUACUCUAUACUCCAAGUCUCCUGAAGUCAUACGAGAGCUUUGUGUGAGCAGCAGAUUGAAAUUAAAGUCAUUAUCUCUUUUCCGGAGCGCUCAAAUCUCAUUCGCGCUUGUGUUCAUUUAAAAAAUGGUGCCUUAAGACAUAUUGCUCUCGGUUUGAUGUCAUUGAUGGCAAACACCAUUGGUUUUCGCAUUUCAUGUGACGGAUUAAGACACAGCAGGUUUGAUUAUGCACACAAUAAAUUUAUAAAUAAAUUAGUAACAAGUGAGAUUUGAGAGCUACAGCAGAAGGGAAGAUGAUUGGUGAAUAACUGCUUAAAUUUCAGUCUGUUCCUCACACAAAGCACUCGUAUGGCUCCAGAAGACUUGGAAUAUAGUGCACGUGAUAUGAUGAUACGUUUAUGGUGCUUUUUGGCCUUCUUUUGAGCUUGACAGUUUAAAUCACCAUCCACUUUCAUCAAUGCGAAAAUAAUUUUCUGGAUUUUUCUUGUAUUCCAGUAAAAAUAUCUAAACAUUGUUAAAACGAGAUAAAUAUACUUGAGAAGCAAAACUACAUAUGUUGUCUUAUUUCCAGAGAAAUGUAACAAAAUUUAUUAACGUUUAUGCUUAUUACAUUAAAAAAACUAUUUGCCAAAAUUAUAUAUAAAAAAUAAAAAUAGCAAAUAAUUGUUUUUCUUGUUUUAAUAAUAAACGUUACUGAAUUUCGUUAGAUUUCUCUGCAAACAGGGCUUAAUGUCUUAUAUUAAUUUAGCUACUCAAGUAAUUUUUUCUUGUUAUAAGAAAGUUUAAAUAUAUAUAUAUAUAUAUAUAUAU